UAAUCUAACCACGCCGCAAUACGUAACGGCGAUCAUAACCUUUCUUUUCCCACAUCUAUUGCUAAGACGUGAACAGUUUUUCGAAUUUAGUUAAUUUUAAAGACAUCAAAGAUGAGGGAAAUAGUUCAUAUUCAGGCUGGUCAGUGUGGUAAUCAAAUUGGUUCAAAGUUCUGGUCCAUUAUAUCUGAUGAACAUGGCAUUGACCCAACUGGAACCUAUCAUGGAGAUUCUGACCUGCAGCUAGAGAGAAUUAAUGUUUACUACAAUGAAGGCUCUAGUGGCACGUAUGUUCCACGGGCAGUUCUGGUGGACUUGGAACCUGGAACCAUGGAUUCAGUUCGAUCAGGACCUUUUGGACAACUUUUUAGACCAGAUAACUUUAUUUUUGGUCAGUCUGGAGCUGGAAACAACUGGGCAAAAGGUCACUACACAGAGGGUGCUGAACUAGUAGAGACUGUGAUGGAUGUAGUCAGGAAAGAGUCUGAGGGUUGUGAUUGUCUGCAAGGCUUCCAGCUAGCACACUCUCUUGGUGGUGGAACUGGUUCUGGUAUGGGUACUUUACUCAUAUCAAAGAUGAGAGAGGAAUACCCUGACCGUAUCAUGACCACCUUUUCUGUUGUUCCAUCUCCUAAGGUUUCAGAUACAGUAGUGGAACCGUAUAAUGCCACUUUAUCAGUCCAUCAACUUGUUGAAAACACUGAUGAAACAUUCUGUAUUGACAAUGAGGCUCUCUAUGACAUCUGUUUCCGAACCCUCAAACUAACAUCUCCCUCUUAUGGUGAUCUAAAUCAUCUUGUAUCUAUUACAAUGUCUGGAGUAACUACAUGUCUUAGAUUUCCUGGCCAGCUGAAUGCUGAUCUACGUAAGCUUGCUGUCAACAUGGUUCCAUUUCCACGCCUUCACUUCUUUAUGCCUGGUUUUGCCCCACUUACAUCUAGAGGGAGCCAGCAGUAUCGUGCAGUAUCUGUUCCAGAGCUGACACAACAGGUUAGUUUUGACAUGAGAUAGUUUCUUUCCAGUAUAUGAAUAUUU